AUGACUUCCCAAGCACCAACCUUCACGAAGCCCAACCGACCUCUGACAUGGCUGAUAACCGGCUGUUCAUCAGGCCUAGGUCUAUCCAUAGCCCGAAUCGCCCUAUCCAACAACCAAAUCGUGAUCGCCACAUCCCGCGACCCCUCCCGCACCCCAGACCUGGUAGCGGAGAUAAAGCAAAAAGGCGGCGAAUGGUACAAACUUGACGUAGACGACCCAGUCGCUGCUUCCGAGCUGCUAUCGAAACUCGAAGUUGCGCGCUGCAAGGUCGAUGUGCUGGUCAACAAUGCGGGAUUCGCUAUUCUCUCGGCCGUUGAGCAGUUCUCGGACUCAGAGCUGCGGGCGCAGAUGGAGACGGUAUAUUUUGGACCGAGUCGACUGAUUCAUGAAUUUGUACCGGGCAUGAGGGAGAGGCGAUUUGGUAUUGUUGUGAAUAUUAGCUCUGGAGCGGGGUUGGAGGGAAGGGAGAGUAUGGGUGCUUAUGCUUCGGCGAAGGCUGCUAUGGAUGGUCUAUGCAAGGUUCUCUCGAAGGAAAUUGCCCCUUUCAACGUUCGCGUGCUGACGGUGUGGCUGGGUGUGUUCAACACGGCGUUUGGAAGCGGGUGUCUCACGGCGAAAGAUCCUUUGCCAGAGGAUUACAAUGGAUCUGUCGUCGCUCAGAUGUUGGAAUUGAUCAAGGGAGGUAAGCUUGUCGCUGAUGGUGAUAAGGACAAAGCAGCCAAGGCGAUCUAUGAAGUUGUGCAAGGGGAGGGGGUUGGGACUGGGCACGAGAGUGAACGAUUCCUGCCCAUGGGUCGAGACAUGAUUCCUCGCCUUGAGUUGGUCCGUGACCAGCUUGAUCAUACACUUGAUGUUUUUGGUGCUGCUGCUGGUAAUGUUUACAUCGAUCGGGAAGAAUGA